UCUUUCUUUCUUUAUUCUAUUUUACAGACAUACUUUUUCACCGAUGUAGAUGAUUCAGAUUAUCAGGAUAAAUCAAAUGGUCACAUGGUUAACACAGAGUGCCAAGGAACACACUCAAGAUUGGCCCUGUGUUGUAAAACCUCCAAGAUUUUCAGUAUGUUUUAUAAAUCUGAUAAAAGGUGGUUAUGUCAUGUUGAUGAUGACAACUAUCUCAAUGUACCAGAGCUGAUGAAGUUACUCAGGCAGUUUGAUCAUAAUCAAGAUCAUUACCUUGGUAGAGCAAGCCUCAGUCAUCCUAUAGAAGCUUUAGAUAGAGACACAAAUCAGAGAGUAUCAUUUUGGUUUGCGACUGGAGGGGCAGGGUUCUGCAUCAGCAAGGCACUAGCUACCAAGAUGAUGGUCUAUGCAAGUAGUGGAACUUUUGAGAGAAUGUGCCAAAGAGUACGUCUUCCAGAUGAUGUAACUAUCGGUUUCAUUAUAGAAGUCUUAUUGAAGAAGCCACUGACGAAAGUGCAAACUUUCAAUUCUCACCUACAACAAUUGGCACGGAUUCCAACUAAACAACUUCAAAACCAGCUCACCUUGAGUUACAGUAUUACUGAGAAGAGACGCAAUGUAGUCAACAUGGUAUCCAUAAUGAGUGACGAUCCUACCAGAUUCAAGUCAUUCCAUUGCACCUACUUCCGUGGAUAUGGAAAUGGAAACUGUCCAGCCACCUAAUGUCAUAUGACUGACCAGCCACUGACCGUCUCUACCAUCCUGAAGCCAGUCCAUGGUCAUUUCAACCACCACCCAAAGGAGAACUGAUUAAUCCUCUGGAUAGCUAACGGUCAUCUUACUGAUCAUCCAUGGGUUGGCUAGUGGCCAUGUCAGUGACCAUCUCCAGAUGAGCUAAUGGUCAUCACAUCUUAUGGCCAGCUAAUGGUCACUCCAACUGUGUGGGCCAUUCCAUCUUAUGGCCAGCUAAUGGUCACUUCAACUAUUUGGGCCAUUCCAUCUUAUGGCUAGCUAGUAGUUACUUGAACUACAUGGACCGUACCAAUUCUUAUGGCCAUCUGAUGGUCAGCUCAACCACCAUCCACUGGUCAGCUAACAGUCUGCUCAACUAUUACCCCAGCUACUUCAGUAUCUGGUCUAGGAAGAUGUGUAGCUUGAAUGGGUGAACAGACUGCGAUAUGUUGAUAGAGCUUGUGUCCUAGAACAGAAAGAUCCUCUUUCUCUUGGAGCAAGUGCUGCAAUCAUCUCUCUGUAGGAUAGAACAGUGAAUACAACAAAAUAUCUUUCUUUAUCAAGAAUGGGUUCAUCCUUGGUGCCGAGACAUUCUUGAAGAAGUCUUGGAAGACAUCAGUUCACCAUUCCAGUUUCCUUCAAUGUUUCUAUGUCAAUAUGCUGCAGCCAUUGUUUGUUGGUAAAAAAAGUAAGCUGGUGCCAAAACAACUCAAGGACAAAUACCACAUUGUAAAUAUGUAUUUCCUCAAAGUCUAUCUAUAAGUAGCACGGGUCAAGAGGUGCCUGCUGCUACCUACACAAUAUGAUAUAAUAUGGUGUGUAAAACCUGAAUAGUAUUUUGAUUGUUGGUGAGAGACAGAGUGUGGAAUGCAUACCUGCAUGCCUCUGUUGACUUCAGGUUCCAAAGCCAUAUGUUGUCACGAUCACAAGAAGAUAAAUAGAGAUAGGUAGGAUAGCAAUGUCUUUGGUCUUUGGUGUAUGCACUGACCAAAGAAUGAACCAAUGAAUUUCUCUGGGACAACAUCCAUGGAUCAGGAAGUCUGAUCUCGACCAGUGCCUAUCAUCUACCAUAGAGUCUCAGUGGCGGAUCCAGGAUUCCUUGGCUAGGUGGGGGAGGGGAGGGGAAGGGGAGGGGGCACAAAGUCCAAAACUUUGUGACAAUAAAAAGUGGAUCAUCAGUCCAUCCUUCCUCUUUUCUUUCUACUUUAUUCCUCCUUCUAUUCCUCUUUAUUUUAUGGCUGGGGAAUAACCCCCUGCUUAUCGGGGCACCGGUGUGCCAGCGGUGGUACUCUUAGCUGGCCCCUCAUGAAUCCUCAAAAAGGGGCUUCCCCGACUCUCACCUGGAUCGACUAGCUCAAUUGAGUUGCGACCCGGAGGUGGACCACCCAAGGCAUAUUUGCGAGGACCCUACGGCUGUCCAGCGAGUCAGUAGUACACCUCCUCACUGCCCAGCCUGUGUUAGCACAAGAGGGUCCUCCAUCAUCCUUUUUAAGUCCAUUACCUGACGAGCCUUCGUCAUGUAGGAAGAUGCGUCGCGAGACUUAAGAGAGUCUGUCCUCACACCUGUCUGUGGAGAAAAGAGAACCAGUGCUUCUGUAAAGUAUCGUCAUCACUGGAUAAAAGUGGUAAAGUCUUCCAAGAGCAGUUACAUCCAUCUGAUUUAGAAAUGUUGUGAUUAUCUCCCAUGGAGAUCUUUAAAGGACAAAGUUAAUACUGAAAGGAUUUAUUGUAGGCUACACACCAAAUUUUACUCAUAAAUGACUUAUAUAUCUGUUGGACAUGAUUAAAUGUAAAUGCUGAAAAGGUGUUUGGUUAUCAAAAAAAAUUAUGAGGGAAAGAAAGGAAAUGUUUCAAUAGUGCACACACUUUAAUGACUCUCAGAGAACUUGAGUGUUUUAAAGGAAAGAAAGGAGAGAAUGAUUUAUAUAUGUAUAGCACACCUUAAUGUAUGUGCCAAAUAAGGGCCCUGCCUUAUGAAACUCACACUUAAUUGUAUUAAAAAUUGGCAACAUUACUUAGAUCUCAUUGUAUUUUACCACAACAUGACUUUUAACUGGGUCAUGGUCUUAAUCAAUUGAUUGUGAGUUUCAUGUUGCAGGCCUCAUACAUGUAAAUGUGAGUAUGUGAGUGUGUGUGAGAAGUAGAGUUCGAAAAGAGACAAAGGAGAGGUUUUAUACAUAUGAAUGAGAGUAUAUUACAGAUGAAAGCUUAUAAUAUUUUUGUACUUGUAUAGUCUAGUGAUUGUUAUUUUUUUUUGCGGUGAGCGUUUUGUACUAAUAGAUUUCCAAAGGAUUGCAUUUGCUCCAUAUGAAUAGGUCACUUUACUUACGCAUGUUGCUAUAACAUUCAACUCUCUUUUAAAAUUCAUAUGAUCUAAUCCAUAAACAUUAUAGGGCAUUCACUUAAUUUUCAAAGGGAGGUUUGAACAUUUGAAUCCAUAGCGAGGGCAUUUAUGUUCUUAGAUGAGACAUCUUUAUCUUCUCUCAUCCCAGGCUGUGAAACUAAAGCCAAUAACAAAAUUGCACAGACAAAAUAUUUCUAAAAAAUAAAAAAUCAGCUUUUAUUUCUUCACAUCAAGCUUCCUGUAAAUGCUCCUGGCAUUCUUACGUGACAAAAUGAGUCUUGUUAGGAUUAUUGCAGCCUUUUGCAGGCUAUACAUCUAUUAUAACUCAGAGAAUAAAGCAUCUAAAGUAAUAUUGAUAUGUAGAAAAUAUGUUUGUGUAUUAAGAAAAAGCUCUUUUCCUGAUUGAUUUUAUUCUUGAAAAUAUGCUAGAAACUUUUUAUUCUGGAAUUGUUUACUUUUGCAGAACAGUUGAAAACAAAUUUUUCAUCUAUUUUUGCAGACCAGAGUGUGUUAUUAGGUGAAAAAUGUUGGAUAUUUUAUAGUUGUUUGUUCUAAUUUUCCUAUCGCAUUGGUUGCUUUAAAUUGUUUAUUAUUCAGCAUUAUGUAUUCAUUUAACCAAAGAGAUAUUGUUAAAUCAUGUUUUAUAUCAGUUUGAUGUUAUAGUUCAGAAAAUGAGAGUUGUAAUGAUUUGUUGUAGUAAUUUACAAGUGUUGUAGAUAGGCUUUUAAAAUGGAAUGAUUCUUUAAUGAACAUUUCUAUAUAUUUCUAUGAAACAUGAUUUAUAAUCAUAUUGGUGAUAUUAUGUGUGGUAGGUAAGGAGAAGAGUGAAAAUGGUUAUUGAAGAAUUAUGUUUAUAGGUUUGUCAUUUUCUUUUGUAUGUUGAUCUUCAGAAUUUUGAUGCUGUCGUUACUUUCUUUAUCAUUCCAAUACCGUCAGACUGUUGUGCUUGGUUCAAUUUAUUCAUGAUAGCAUUUCUUUCAAGGAAAUCUACAUGUACACAUCAUCAACUAUUUCGACAACACAACACAACACCAUCAGCAAAUCAAUAAUAACAAAAAAACAUUAACAGCAAUAUAGAGAUCAAUUUCAAGCAGCAUGAAAGGAUAUCAAUCAUACAAUGUAGUUUGUAGCAAACACAAAAAACAACACACUACACAGUAUAUGACCUACAACGUGAUUUAUCCAAGUCUUGGAAACUUGUCAUCUGAACAUUUCUUUCAUUGUGCAUAGAUAUGCAGGACAUAUCUGAACUCAAUUUUAUAUACUCUAUGUAGUGAGAUAUCAAAGAAAAUUUUACAGACAGUGAAAAUAUGUACUGUAUGUUAUAGUGUUGUGAAGAGUUGGUGCUUCAAUUUGCAGUUGAUCAGUAUCAUAACAUUUUAUCCAAUCUGAACAUCGAUAUAUUGCUGUACUUCUAGUUUACAAUGAGAAUGUUAGUAAAGCAUGUUUGUAUGGAGAUGUAACAACACAUUCCAAUCUGUUCCAUAUUGCAGAGUUAAUUUCUCAACACUCCCAAUAAAACUUUGCUUUGUUAACAACAAUCCUUUGUUACAGCAAAUGAUGAUAUAUUUUUGAAAUACCAAUGCAGAUUAUAAAUAGAGAAUACAGUUAUUCAAUAGAGGUACAAACCUCAAAUGCCUCUAAUUACAGAUAAAGAGAUAUGUGUUCGUCAUCACUGAAAGGCUUGUAUGAAUGCAAACUAUGGGUUUGUAUUGGUCUGUGGUGUUGGUAUCCUUACAAGUUCAUUUAUAGAGGAGUGUAUUCUUUUUUAGAUGUCUACUCUUGGAGAUACCAUACAGUUAAGAUCAUUUAUACUACAUCAAGUUAAUAUUUCCCUAGGAAGUAUUAUGCAGGUAACCUUGAAAAAACUAUCUGAGUUACACUAAAAACUCCAAGCAUACCAAUCACCUUUGAAGACAGGUUCCCCCAUGAAUACCUUUGCGCUCUUCAAAGUCACUUUACUCUUUAGUAAUUAUUGUAGUUUGCUCUUUCUUUUUCCAAAUGAGUCACUUUAAAAAAAAUUGUCACUUUAGUCUUCCCUUUGUAUGUUCAUUUGAAUGCUUAGCAUGUUUAUUAAAAAAAAAGGGAAAGAAAAUAAAGUUAUUAUAAGCUGCGCUAUUCUGUACAUCAUUCCUAAUUAUGGUUGUUUAUUGUUCUUCCUCUUUAUCAUUUGAAUACCGGUAGAUUAAACAAAAACAAUUUAAACACAAAAGUCUUGACAUACAUUGCCUAGUAAUGUUAGUCACUUUUGGAUUAGUGUUUCAGGAAUCAUGUUUUAUUUACUUUAAAAGAAAACAAGAUAUCAAAUGUUAAAUCUGUCGGGUUUAGCAAAUUUGAUUUGUACAUUGCCAGACAAGUACGUGUGUGUUGCAACUGAAAAAGGUCUUUUACAUGAUAAAGAGGAAUGAAAAUACAAACUCUAUCUCGUUGUUAUAAGAGACUUCAUGUAAGGCUAUUUCUUUCUCCUUUAUGCCUAAUGUUUGAUAUUGGCAGAUGUCCUUGCUUUUGAUAAAGAUUUAAUUCUUAUAUAUGCUGAGUUUGACUUUUUUACCCUAUACAUUACAUGCAUCUGGCGUAUUUAGUUUUGUAGUUUUAAGCAGUAUCUCUAUACAUUUUUUUUAUAUUCCAGCAUUUGCAUUUUUCUAUCUAUAAAACUAUGAAACUAAAGAGGAAUCAAUCAUGUAAAUUGGAUAAACCUUGUACUAACAAUAUUUAUCAGUGAUAAAAGAGUAAAUUGAAAGUACUAUCAUGGGGAUACUAACAUAGAUACAUUAAAAACUGUGUACAUCUAGAAGGCUCCGAAAUGAGACCGUUAGACAUAACUUGCUAAUUUUCAAAACAUGAAGAAUGUUUGAAUUCAAUGUAGCAAUCAUGGAGAGCAUUUUGACUUGUUAUCCAAAUAAUUAUGAUCAUGAUGUUUAAUAUGGUCUGCUGAGAGGAAGAAGGACAUUAACUCAUAUAACUUUACAAAGAGUUAACGUUUUUCUGGCUCUUAGCAGACGAACCCGAGUGCCAAAUAGUAACAUGUAAGUUGUAUAAAGUAAGUAUUAUUAUCUUUUCCAUGAUGUAACACAAGCUAACUUUAUGAUACAUAGAACUUGGUAGUAAAAUUAGAAACCUCCUGGGGUUCAAUAUCUCAGUUUGUUUUAUGAGGUGAAAUUAGAAGCUUAAAAAAUUAACUGGGAAUCGAAUGACUGUGAAACUGCAUAUAUACGUUGAAAAUUGAUAUUGGCAAUAAUAAAAUGGGAUAUUUGUGAUUUUAA